CUAACUCAGAUGCACGGAAGCAUUUACGAUUUGCAACGUGUUCACAGCACUCAAAAGGAAACGCUGCCUGAUCGCACGUUGAAUGGAAUAGAAUGGACAGGUGAGAUAGUGAGAGUAGGACAGGCGCGUGGCAAUCCAGGGAGUAGCGCAAAAGGAGAUAUGAGCGAUCGCUGCGUUUCCCCACAGUGCAUUGCUUCUCCACUUGCCAGGAUUUUUCGGCAGGCUACGGCGAUGAUCGUGGCUAUGAAACCUUGUCCCGCUCUGAGUCAACACCAGGGUGGCUGUACAUUGCCUCUUCUCGUGGUGGAUGAUGGCAUUGAGCGACUUUUUUCUGUAAAAUUCAGGGUCUUGUUUCGGUUUUGCACUGGUAGUUUGGCAGUGACGCCCGAGUUUUUGCGUCUGUUAUUUUCCUCCUUGAACUCGGUUUUUGGUUUGAGCGGGUAGGUCGUCAGGGGCUGCAGUGUUGAUUUGAAAUGAUAGUUUUGGCUUUUGGGAUCAUUUUAGGCUUCUGGACGAAGCGGCAAAGGAUUUUGUUAGUUGGAGGGUUUUGGACGUUGAAAGUGCUGUAGGACGUUAUCGCGGCAUUUGCUGAUGUAGAUUAGGUUGGCUGAGGAUGAAAUGAUGAGAGGCCAAAUGGGCUCAUCCUUCGAGAGCUGGCUUAAAGAUGGAGGCAAUCAAUUGCGCUUCAGGUGAUUGUGAUUGUAGGUUAGGAUUUGCGAACGUGAUCGUCAGGGGUCGUUGUUAUGCUGAAGCUUUUCGCAUUGUCGAAAAAUCACAAUUUCAGAGCCGGACUUUUGUGUUGUUCAUAGACUGGCUUGUUUGUGAAUCCCUAGAGUGGAGUUGAUUGUGUGAAAGGAGGUAGCAUAGACCAGAUGAUGAGUGGAGGGUGUGAACUGAGUUUUUCCUGCAAAUGUGGUAACACUGUCUGCUGGUUUACGGAGGAUGUGCCUGUCAGAGGUAGCGUGAACUUUUAUAAAAAAAAGUAUAUAUCUGCUCACAGGUCACCCUAGCAUUUGGCAACAAUAGUGGCAACGAUUUCCAAAUCAACAACUUAGGAUAGUUUAUUCCUUAGUUUGAAGUUGUUAGGGAAUUAGUGAUAAGCAAGGCAGUCAUUCGGGUGCGUCCCUAAUGCGGCUCACAGCUCUGGUGAAGGUCUGCAGACGCACAAGUGCACUAUAGCACGCCAUAGACCGAGGAUCUCGAAGACCCUAAUGUCCAAUUUGAACUAUGACAUGGACGGCGAUAGAUGAAAGAGACUCUCACUCCCGCGACAAACCGAGCACAGUUGCCCAUGUCAGGGAUGAUAAUGUUGAAAGACACAACAAUCUUUCAAUUUUAAGCAUUGUAAUUUGCACACUAGGUUUAUUUAUUUUGGAGCAGAAGACAAAGAAGACAAAGAGGUAAGAAAAUCUUUUGUCAGAGGUACGGGGCGGAGUCAUGCCUUUGUUCAAAUCUAGGGCGCGGCCGCGGUUGACGCGUUUGUCAACCUCAUCUUCAUUGUUUAGAAGAAAAGAACGUCAAAUUUACAUCUACCUUUUUGCGGCGGCUAUUUUGCUCAUAGCAUCAGUUUCCAUUCUGCAACUCAGUCUUGGCAGAACCUCCGCUCACGCAGCACGUGCUGCAGAUGCUAAGCAUUACAGGAGACGAGCAAAUGGAAGGGAGGACUUGCAAGUCAACCGCGAUAUGGGUGAAUUUGGUACUGCAGUCGACCAAGAGAAACAAGGAGGGACUGAAAAGGCUCGUCGAAAACACGGGGCUGAGUUGUUUGAUUCGAGAAAUCUUCCGAAGAACCUGAAGAUACGAAGUGCAGGUGAGGCGGAAGUAGGAAAUAGAUUAAUUGAGGAAGAAGAGGAAGAUGGAUAUAAGGGAAAGGAGACUCAAGUUCUUGCAGAAUUCGAUGAAAGGGAAUCGUAUUUGAACGACGGAGAAAUAGAUGAGGAUCUCAACGAGGAAAGACGAGAAAGUGGAACGUACCAAGGGCAGCAACUGGAGGAUAUGGAUAGAUUUGAUGAUUACAAAGUGACGGAGGACAGUUUUAAUCAUCAAGGACAGCUAUUAGAAGAUAUGGACAAGUUUGAAAACCGGCUGUUGUCACAGUAUAGUUACCAACAUCGAGGGCAGCUAUUGGAGGAUAUGGACAAAUUUGACAAUCGUCAAGUGACACAAGAUAGUUACAAACAUCAAGGGCAGCUGUUGGAAGAUAUUGACAAAUUCGACAAUCGUCAAGUGACACAGGAUAGUGACAAACAGCAAGGGCAGCUGUUGGAAGAUAUGGACAAAUUUGACAUCCAUCCAGAUACGAAAGGUACUGUCAAGCUCCCGUUUUUAGAUGCCGCAGAGCGUCAAUACAUACAGGAUUUGGGUGAAUCACGAGGCAUUGAACGAAAUAGGAAGUACCAGACAGUUGGUAGAAACCGAACUGGAAAGCGGAUGAAGGAAAUACCUUUGGUAAGCAAAAACAACACCCGUCCCUAUUCACAAGAAGGGCAAAAAGAGUCACGUAAGCUGGGUCACAGGAGAAAUUACGGAAGGGAUAUGCCGAACAUAGAAAGAGAAGUCAAAGAACUGGAUAAUCUUGACAUGAUUAAUCGUUCGGUUGCUGAUAAGUUGGACACAGAGGACAAAAAUCAGUUGGCCAAUACAAUCAAACGGGUUCCUGAAGAUGCGCAGGGAUCGAUGUGGGCUGCUGUAAAACAAGAAAUGGAAAAGAGAAAGGCCCUUCUUGGAGAGAAUCAUGUGGGAAAUUUCAAGCAGGAAGCAGGAAAUCCUGCUAAAGUCGGCUUUAGGGAAUCUAAUCCUAGCCUUGCUUCAUCGCAUUUGAAGAGUGUUAAGGAGAUACAGUAUCUGGAACAAAAAAUUGAACCAGGAGCGCCUCUUCCUCUUGGAGGAUUUAAAGAGUUUCCCAAAAUUAAGAAUGCCAGUCACGAAAAUGAUGACGAACUUUUGGGCAAAAACGUGCUUGAGAAGGGCGUAAAGGGUGAGGGUGGGGUGUUAGUUGAUGGAGGCAGAUCGCUAGCAAGGAGAUUUGGAAUAUCUCCUUGGGAUAUGCAGAGGUUGAGAGAGACUGGUAACGUUAAUCCCUCAAACCUACUAAAUGGCAAUAAAGAUAACAAAGACACGGAUCAAUCAUCUAUGCCAGCGCUAGGAACAGAUGAAGACCAUAAUCAAGAUUCUAUUGAGUCGAAUGCGCUUGCUUUUGAGAAAAGAACACCUGACGCUAAGGGAUUCGACCAGGAUAAAAACCUCAAGGUAUCCGUGGCACAGGUGCACGCGGAGAUCAUGGAUGUGCAGUCUGGUAAGCGGCAGAUCAACCAAGACCAGUUACACAAUGGUGAAGACCGCAGUAGUGAAGAUGGGGAAGAAUUGGAAUCAAAUAUAACUAACAAAGACGUUUCAGCCGUGGAAGAGAAUGAUGGUGGCGACGAUGAUGAUGAAGUGAUCCAGUGGGGAUUUUACCCAUCCUUAAGCCGAUCACUCAAAUUCUCAAGGUUCUUGUCUGCAUUCUUCGAAAAGGAGAACUGUUCCUUCAGAGUCUUUAUGGCGUGGACCACUGCCCCAUGGGCUUACACUCCUCGCCACCAGCGUGCUAUCGAGAGUAUACUCCAUUUUCACCCUCAUGCAUGCAUCGUGGUGUUCACUGAAACCAUCGACUUUCAGUUUUUUGAUAGUUGGGCAAAGGAGGGGUAUAAGAUUGCUGUGGCGAGACCGAAUCUGGAAGAACUUCUUGGGAAGACCCCUGCUAUUGAUUUCGCAUAUGUAUGGUAUGAAUGGCGAAACAUGAACUUAUUCUACAUCCACUACACGGAGUUGUUGCGCAUUGCAGCUCUUCACAAGUAUGGAGGAGUAUGGCUUGACAUGGAUAUGAUCUUGGCCAGACCCCUACCUACAAUACACAACGUUCUCGGUUCAACAGUUUCUGAGAGUGGCGAGUGGGUUUUGAAUGGGGCAUUCAUGUCCUUUGAUAAAUCAAGCUCCUUUUUGAAGGCAUGUAUUGAGGAAUUUGUUGCAACGUACGAUGAGACAUCACUAGGAUGGAAUGGAGCUGAUUUGUUGAAUCGUGUAGCUUCAAAUGCUACUAGGAGGGGUGGGAAAACAUGGCUAGAGUCCAAGCAUCUACAAGUCUUAGAACCAGUUGCAUUUUUCCCACUUAGCCGACACGAUAUUAUAAGGUACUUCGCAGCACCAAAAAGUCAUCAAGAUAAAGUUGAGCAGAAACAGAUGCUCACAGCUAUACUGAAGAAAUCCCAUGGAACACAUCUUUGGAACUCGGUGACUGGACGGCAUGUCCCCGAACCUGGGAGCCUUGUGGAAAAACUUCUAAACAGAUUUUGCUUGCGAUGUACAGAUAUACUUUAACAACUGGAAUGCAUCACGACGCUAAAAUGUAGUAUCCUCCAAUUUUAGCUGGCGGGUGGCCGAAGUAUUGUACCAUAGUGUUCCACAGAACCCAUUUUUUCUCCUGUUCUCAAAUCCCUUGCGUUCUUUCCCACUUCAUCUCUAUAUCUUUGGGGAAGGCUCCAGACGAACCUAACCUGAUUGGAGGUCUUCGUGUGGUUGAGGCUUGGAAGUGGGGUUUAUGCAUUUGUAGACCAAAUUAAGAAAUUUGUGACAUGUUUCGAGUUUAUUCCUGAACGACGAGCUUCUUCACAAUACGUUGCAGAAGUGAUUUUGGCCUCA